CCGGGAGAGGAGUUCGGACUGUCUCGAACUGAUUCUCCGUCGCGCGACACAGGACGGGCUCUCCCGAUGAUACGGCACGGACGGUUGGCUUGGAUUUACGGAGCGACGCGCCGUCGCGAAGGCUCUAGAGCCGACGUUUCUCGCGGGACGCCGUCGUAGGGGAUGCCCGUCGCGGUGAGCCAGUGAAUCACAAUCGUCGCCGCGCUCUCUGAGAGAAUCCCCUACCUCCCUCCUCGUUUCGCGUCCCCGGUGAACUCGAGAAUUCAGUCUCGGUGGUUUUUCUCGGAGCUGAAGGGACAGCGCGUGAGGAGACACCUCGGCUCCGUCGACAUGGCCGUCGUCGAGGAGUUCGAUUACCUGUGCCGCCUGUGCGCGGCCAAAACUGGUAUUCUGAUGGGCCUGCCGAUAUUCGAGGCCGGCGACCAGAUGCGCAACAUCGACAAGAAGAUAGCAGCCUGCCUGCCGGUUCAGGUGUCAUUGACAGAUCAGUUGCCCAAGGUUGUAUGUGAAGAAUGUGCAUUUAAAUUAGACCAGUUGUUCGAUUUUCGCGAGAAGUGUUUACAUACAGAAGGAAUGUUUAUGGAAAUGUUAAAAGAAAUUGGUAAAGAAGACGUCGUGCAUAUGACAGAGCACGACUUGGCAAGUGUGAAUAACAUGGGCACAAUGCAAAGAAACUUGAACAGUAUACAGAUUAAUAGCGAAAAUGUACAAAACCAUUCAGCUGUAUCUCACGAAGCUGCAGAGUCUACCAUACACACGAUGCAGGUGAUGGACGAAAUGGAUCUAGCUGGCGGUGAACAAGUAGUCACUCAGGAAGAGAUAGGUCAGCAGGAUGCAGACAUUACAGGCAUUGAUUGUCUAAGUGGUGACACUGUGAGAAUGGUUGAUGCACAUAUACGAGAAGUUUCAAAUCAUCAAAUUGCAAUGCACUUGGAAAACGGCAUAUGUGGAAACUUGGAUCCCCUGAGUCAAUUGGGUAUAAAUUAUGUCACUUCUAUCAAUCCUGAAGAUCAGAGUCAAGAACAGAUAGUGCAUUAUUGUGAAAAUGUUAAAUACGAAGCGAAUCCGAUAAAACAGGAAUACCAUAGAUUAACCACAGAAGAGCCACAGCACGUACUCAAAAAUGAUGUACCGGCAGAUAAUUUUGUUCCUCCUGAAACAGAAAACGAAAUAGACGAAUCUUGUAUGACUGAAAAUGGAACUCUAGAACAUGUUAAUUCCGUAAAUGCUUUACCAUCUACAAGUCAGAUAAACGACGUACCUUGCGAGAUAAUGGUUAAAUACACAAAGAGAACGAAACAUGCGUUAUUGGAGUCUACGCUUAACAAUCCCACUAUAGACGAGACCGGUUCGCACUGGUACGUUUGCCCGUUCUGUAACGAAGCAGCUUUGGAAACGACCAAUCUAGCCGUACACUUUGAACAGCAUUUCUGUUGCUGUCCUUGCGGUUUAUAUUUUACUAGUGUCGAGAUGUUAAAUUUACAUAAGGAGCAAUGCAAUGUAUAUAAAACGGAGGUAGUCGAUAAAGAAAAGAAGGACGCACAGUUAAACGUAGUAACGCCACAAGAGAGCAAUGACAAUCAAGAAGGGCAGAAGAAGCAGUCGACGGUGAAACGGAAGUGGACCGCGAAAGUGUGUACGGAAUGCGGCAAGCAGUACAGAACGAAUUACAAGUUGCAGGAGCAUAUGCGCAAACACACGGGCGAAAAGCCGUUUCAGUGUACGACGUGUGAGAAAGCCUUCCGCAGUAAAAUCGGCCUCGCGCAGCACACGGCUACACACACGGGCCAGUUCGAUUACAACUGCUCGACGUGCGGCAAGGGAUUUCAAUGCAAGAGCUAUCUCAUCGUACAUCAAAGAGUACACUCGGACUUGAAACCGUACCCAUGCACCAAGUGCGGUCAGCACUUCAAGACGAAACAGUCGCUGCUGGACCACGAGAACCGUCACCUCGGCGUGAAGCCGUACAUGUGCGAGAUCUGCGGUCGUGGUUUCAUCACCAAAGGCCUCUGCAAGAGUCAUCAGAAGAUCCACUCUGGUACGGACAAUCGCCAGUAUCCAUGCGCGGUGUGCAACAAGAUGUUUGUCAGCAAGAGUUACCUGAACACGCACCUGCGCAUCCAUACGGGCGAAAAACCGUACCUGUGCGAGGUGUGUGGCAAAGGAUUUCUUACGCGGGUCGACCUCAAGAUCCAUUCGACUAUGCAUACCGGAGAGAAAAGUUUCAAAUGCGAAUCUUGCGGAAAGGUAUUUGCUCGACGCGCCGCGUUACGUUGCCAUCGACGGUCGCAUACAGGCGAACGUCCUUACAAGUGCGAUGUUUGCGACAAGGCGUUCACACAAUUCAGUCCGAUGGCAAUUCACAAGCGUUUACACACUGGCGAGCGGCCAUACGAGUGCGACGUAUGCGGCAAAGCCUUUGUGUCCAGGUCGACCAUGAUGUGUCAUAAAAAGAAACAUCAUAUUACGACGAAUGCUGUACAAAAGGACGCGCUUGUGCCGCACAACGAAGAUGCGGAGGUCAAGAUGAUUCUUUCGUCCGAUAUCAUAGUCAGAGAAACACAUGAUGGGAUCCAAAUCACCGCGGAUUGAGAUUGUAAACGAAAAUGACAUUUCGAAUUCUGCGAACCGCGUUCAAGCCGACAAUUUGGGUGCUAAAAAAGUUUCAUUCGCAUUUGUUAGAUAAUGAACUGCUUUCAUCACCAUAGUGUAUUCUAUCAGUGUACAUUGUCAAGAAUUUUAUAUAAAGAUAUUUUUACAAGCAGUAUAAUUCUUAUAUGAAGAUUGAAAGUUAUCUCGAAGCAUUAAAGUAUAACAUGAUUUUAUAUAUUCUAUAAUGAUAUCGUCUUUUAAUUUUCUUUCCGAGACAUCAUAUUGUAAUUAUUAAUGAUUAAU